CGUCUCGUGUAUAUGGUGGUCUGUCGACGCCCUCGCCGGCGGAAUUGCCGGUGGUGGUGGCGGAAUCGUGAGUACGACGCGACGUCCAUCCUCCCCUCGCGCCUCGCCGACGUCCGCUCUCGGCGCCCUCGCCAGCAGCGCUCGAGCGAGCCGCCGGCUGACGCCGCUCCCGCUGCCGCUCCAGCUCCCGCUGCCCCAGCUCCCGCCCCUGCUCCGGCUCCGCCGCCGUUGGCCACGCCCGCAUUCCCCGAGCGUAUGAACAAGCGGCCUCGCCGCGUCCGGCAGCCCAGCGGCGCCUCAUUCGCGCCGGCGCCCGACGCCAGCUCCAACCGGAGGCAUGGCGUGGUGAGGAGCGGUGGGCGGCUGGCGCCGGUGCACACGCUGCCGCUCACGCCUGCCGCAGACGAGCCGGGCCUUCGCUCCGCGUCCACGGUGCAGCCGCUGGCAGGCCUCGAGUACGGACCGACGCCCUUCAGCUGCCCUGUCGACACGCUGCUCACGGUGCUGCGCCAUGCGCUGACGAGGGAGGAGAGGCGGCAGCUGCGCCGCUGCGCCAGCCAGCCUGGCGGCGCCGGCAGAGGCGGCGAGGCCGGAGAGGGAUGCGGCACAGGUGGCGAGGGACAGACGGCCCGUUCCGGCUGCCCCGCUGCGCGCCGGGCCGGCGAGGGCGGGGCCGGGGAGAGCGUCGAGGCGUCUCGCGCCGUGCAGACGAGCAAGGGCGCGUGGAAGGCCGUGAUUGAGGCGCUCCGCUUGUGGCGCAGCGACCCGUCGCGCGCCGCAGCCGCAAAGGUGCUCUGGUACGAGUGCAUGAGGAGCCAGCAGGCGCAGCAGGGGGGGCGCCCGCCUCCGAAUGGCAAAGCGGCGCUCGGCGACUGCCGCUGCCGAUGCCGCUGCCCGUGCGCCGAGUGCUCCUCCGGCCG